CACAGACAAACUUUUCGCGUUUAUAAACCCGCCAAAAUGUGGAAUACACCCCCAUCCUCAGCUCUCACCCUCGAGUCAGCCGCCUGCGAAACUUUCUUCGCCUCUCCCUUCCCAACUCGACACGCCACCCGCGAUUCAAAAUGUCUUCGCUGCAGCCCGAUAACUACGCUGUGUACCAGUACGACGCAUACGACAGCCCGCGCACCCCUCGUCGCACAGCGAUGGCCUGUCAGUUCUGUCGUGCUCGCAAACUAAAAUGCGAUGGUCUGAGACCUCUCUGCACCAACUGCGAAAAACGGAAUCAACCCUGCGCGUAUACCCCAGUCUCGGCCCAAGCAUCAAAAUAACCAGCCGCCGAUAAUCGUGCUGCACUAGAUGUGGCGGUAGAAAGGCUAUCUACAUAUUGUCCCGCGACUCGACGUCGCACAAAAUAGAGUUAAUACAUUCUAGGCCCUCAGCCAAUUUGCCAUCGAUUCACUCGGUCAAUCACCCGUGAGAUCGAGGAAAUCCUAUCCACAUCGCCCCACUCCGGCAGUGCGAGUUUAAUCACCGCAACGUGGAAGAGCAUGAGAUAAUCUUCAGACAGACUUGACAGGACUGAGAUCCUAAUUGGUGAUCGCUUCAGAAGCGGCAUUUCUGUGGAAAGCUGGUGCGUCCAUACCACAGUUUCACGCGUGCAUCCCCCCCAUUCCCAUCGCCAACACUUGAGAAAUGAACCAUCAAAUCAAACAGCAUCGCUUGAUUAGGAAACGGACCAGCACGCGCAAAUAACGCGCUCCUCAUCAGCCGAUGAUCACCACCACCACCAUGAGCGCGUCCGAGCGCUUCGAUCUCUCGAGUUACCGUAUCCCUGGCUCGGACUCAUGUUUCUACAUCCCGGAAUUCAUCACUGAGGGCGAAGAGGCGUAUCUCAUCCGCAAAGUAGCGCCUGGCUUCCGUCCGGCACUUGGGCCCCAGUAUUUACGAGAGCGCUCAUCAGAUUCGAGAUUCCCCAGCCCAGCGGUGGAAGCAGCUGGCCAAUCGCAGGCUCCAGCUGUGGGGAGGCGAAUUAACGUCGAACAACGUCCUCGUCGCCCAGCCGAUGCCCUCAUUCGUGGAAACCUAGUAAGCGUAUAUUCUCCCCCUCCCCCCUCCCCCGGUGCUGCACUGCGAUUCACGUCUCUUGCAACCAGCCCCGAUAUCAUCAACCGGCUGCAGCAGACCGGCGUCUUCCACGGAUCCCCGCACGCGAAACCGAAUCACAUCAUCAUGUCAUUAGUGCCUUCGACCGAUCCCUCGCAGACGCACGCUGACGAUUCUCCAGGAACGAAGUUCGUGCCCUGUCUGCUUUGUGUCGUUGAGAUCUUGCCAAGGUACGGCACGCUGGGGUGGCUGCCCGCAUCUAUUCUUUCUGACUGUCCGGCGCGCAGGGAUCAUGGUAGACCGUGCCUUCCACCUCCCUCCAUGUCUAAUCGACAGCUGCAGCCCCACGAAGACGGCCCGGCCUACCACCCGGCGGUGGCGACGAUCUCGCUGAACUCCCACUGCGUCUUCCACUACUAUCGAUACACGCUGCCCGAGUCUCACGGAGGGCGGAGCAUAGACCCCACGCCUGUCCUCUCGCUCCUUCUCGAGCCGAGGUCGGUGGUGAUCUCCACGGACUCGCUCUAUUCGAAUCAUCUGCAUUCGAUACACGAGAUCAAGGAAGACAGAUUCACGGCGGGAGGUGUAGCUGAUUUCGGCAGUCCGAUCGCCAACUGGGAGAGGGUGACCGAUGCAGCAACGCGCGAGGUGUUGGCGAAUGGUGGUGCCUUGACGCGAGGGACGCGAUACAGUUUGACGUGCCGCGACGUCGGAAAGGUCGCACAGCUCAAGUCCUUCGUGAAGCGCUGAUCACUCAGAUUGAGUGCCGCCACCAACGGAGGAUCUCCGGCGUACACAGCACCAUCAGGAUCGAUUGUGUACAGUAGACUCAUCUCAAGCUCCAUCGCGGCCCAGCGACAAGCCACGCAAGUCAGAUACAGUCUCGUAGUAGUCUUCCUGAGCCGCACCGCCGACCUUGACACACACGAAGCGUCCCUCGUCCGUGCUCCAAU